AUGGAUGGUAAUAAGGAUGAAGCAAUGAAGUGUGUUGUCAUUGCUAAAGAAGCGAUUGCAUCUGGUAACAAGGAGCGUGCUAUGAAGUUCAUCGGCAUUGCUCAGAGGCUAAACCAUAAUCUAAGUGUAGAUGAUCUUUUAGUAGCCUGUGAAAAUCUUGACUCUGCAAAUCCAAGUUCAUCAAAUGGUAAAAAUCAUGUUGAAAACAAGCCUGUGAAUGGAAAGCACGUCGAGGGUAUGAAUGGAGAUGCAAAUUACACAGAGGAACAUGUUCAAUUGGUUCGUAAAAUCAGAAGAGACACAGAUUAUUACGAGAUUCUUGGUGUUGAAAAGACUUGUUCUGUUGAUGAGAUCAAGAAAGCUUACAGGAAAUUAUCAUUGAAAGUUCAUCCCGAUAAGAACAAAGCCCCUGGAUCUGAAGAGGCAUUCAAGAAAGUUGGCAAAGCAUUCAAGUGUCUGAGUGAUGAAGGGUUGAGAAGACAAUAUGAUCAAACAGGUUUGGGUGAAGGAGAAGAGUAUAACAAUCAGUAUAAUGUAAGGAGAAGAAGAAGGAGAACAGGACAAAGUGUGUUUGAAGAUGAAUUUGAUGCUGAUGAGAUCUUUAGGUCGUUUUUCGGGCAAGGCGACAUGUUUCGGGCAGCUCAUGUGUACAGGACUAGACGGGCAGGGGCAGGGGCAGGGGCAGGCGGGCAGGCUAGAGAGGAUACAGGUGGAGCAACGGGUCCUAAUCUGAUGUUGCUUCUUCAGCUGUUACCAUUUUUGCUAAUCAUAGUGCUUGCUUGUCUUCCAUUUUCUGAGCCUGAAUAUUCAUUACAAAGAAACUAUACUUAUCAGUUUUCAAAGAUGACUGAGGAAUAUGGAGUGGAGUUUUAUGUGAAAUCCUCUGAGUUUGAUCAUAAAUACCCUGUUGGAAGUCCUGCAAGGGCUUCGAAGCCUAGGAGUAUACUGAAGAUGCAAGAAGACGCAAUGAUGAAAUUCCUUUUCAAAUGCUCUGAUGAUUUGCGUUUUUUAAAGUAG